UACUGAGAAGUUUAUGAAGCAGCGUUGUCAACCUAACCAAUAUAAAUCACAAAGUCAUCCAAGAAGAUAUAAAGUCCCAGGCAACUGUGAGCUUGUGAAAGAGGAAGCUCUUGCAGAAGCACCAAAGAACACAGAGCACUGACUUCUACACAGAACGCAGCAGAAACACAUUUGCACCCAUAAAAUCAUGACUGAAGACUCUGUGUGGAAUGAUACUGAAUCCAUCCGACGGGAAGAUUCGAUCAUGGGUUCGAGUAAUAAGGAUGACAAAGGCAACCUGGGACCUGACCCACUCUCUCCCAUUAGCCACCACAAGUUCCCAUUGGCUGUGCCGCACAAUCCCAAGGACAUCUGGAAGAAAGGCGGGCGUGUCUUCUCUGUCCUGCUGGCUAUCAAUUUGGUGCUGCUGUCCUGCACCUUGGUCAGUGGUGGGGCCUUUGAGGAAGUCCACGUGUAUGACUAUGAUGUCUUUUUCAUGCUCACCAUUGUGAUGGUGAUCACCAUUGCCUGGAUGCUUUUCUACCUCCUCAACACCUCCAGGCAUCAGAAUGCUAUCCUUUGUAAGGACUCUCAUGCAGGACCCAUCUGGCUAAGAGGAGGCUUGGCCUUUUUUGCAAUCCUCACAUUGGUGAUGGGUGUCUUUAAGACAGGAUAUUACUCCAGCUUCUCCCACUGCCUAUCAGCCAUAAAAAUCACCUAUCCAAUCGUACAGGCUCUGUUUGUGAUAAUCCAGACCUACUUUCUGUGGGUUUCUGCUAAAGACUGUGUACAUGUACAUUUGGAUGUUACCAGAUGUGGCUUGAUGCUCACCUUGACCACCAACCUAGCAGUGUGGAUGUCGGCAGUAACAGAUGAGUCAGUCCAUAAAGCACAAAUGAAGUUGCCAAACAGUACACACAGAAUUGCUGGGAUGAAAGCUGGUUCAACCAAAUGUCCUUGUAGCGGUAAGCUCUGCAAGAUCUUCCAGGAUGGCUAUUAUUGGUUGUACCCUUUCAACAUUGAGUACAGUCUCUUUGCUUCUGCCAUGGUCUAUAUCAUGUGGAAGAAUGUUGGCCGCCUCAUAGACCAGCACACCAACCAUAUCCACCAUCUGAAGUUCAAGUUUUUCAAAGGGACUUACUUUUUGGGUGUCAUUACGGGACUCUUGAUAGUGAUGCUUGGCCUCGCAGUCCUGAUUGUGUAUGAGAUUCGGGUAAAUAUGCACCUUGAUAGUAAAGCUAAGAAUGAGGCACUCUCCAUAUAUUACAUCUUCAACAUCAUUUGCCUGAGCUUGACAUCCCUCGCUUCCAUUGGAGGCUCCAUUGUUUAUAGAUUUGACAAGAGAGUCAUGGACCAUGACAAGAACCCAACUAGAACUUUGGAUGUAGCCUUAUUGAUGGGUGCAGCCUUGGGACAAUAUGCAAUUUCCUAUUACUCUAUUGUAGCCAUUGUGGCCAACAAGACAUCCAGAGAUCAAAUAAGUGCCCUCAACUUGAGCUACUCCUUGCUGAUGAUUGCCCAACACACUUUCCAGAAUAUUUUUAUUAUUGAAGGCCUCCAUCGACAGCCGCCUGAGGAGGAAGACAAAACUGACCCUCAGCAGGACAUUUAUGGACUCACAUUUGUCAAUGUGAAUGCUGUAUCCCUCUGUGUCCCCGAGAGUGCGUUACCAUCUGCUACACCUCCAGCAUUAGCAAUUCAGUCCUCUUCUGAAGUAACGCAGUCCAUAAAAGUCUCUAAGAAAAUGCACUGGAGGAGAAGAUUCUUGAAAGAGAUCUCAUUAUUCCUGCUCCUGUGUAAUGUAAUUCUCUGGAUCAUGCCAGCAUUUGGAGCCCGACCACAGUUUGAUAACACCCAGGAGCGUAGGUUCUAUGGCGACUCUAUGUGGGCUGCCAUUGUGGACAUCUGCCUGCCCUUCGGCAUUUUCUACAGGAUGCAUGCUGUGGCCAGCCUUCUGGAGGUUUACAUUAUGUCUUAA